AUGCUGUUCCCGCGGGUUCCAACAUGGGCUGGCGCUACCUCCUGUUCACCAUUGGCGCCAUCACCCUCUCCGUCUUUCAUCCUGCGCUUCUUCGUCUUUACCUUUCGCGAGACGCCCAAGUACCUGAUCUACCGCGGCCAGGACGCCAAGGCCAUCGAGACGCUGCAUCACAUGGGCCAGGUCAACAAGCGUCCGUGCAAGCUGACGCUCGCCAUCUUCGAGUCACUCACCACCGAUGACUCGUCCGUCGGGUCCGGGUACGGGUCCGGGUCCGGAUCUGCUUCCAAAGCCAUGCUCGGCGGCGGCGACCGCCAGCUGAAGCUCUCCUGGAACGAAAAGCUGCGGCUGGAAAUGUCCCGCUACAAGAUGCUCUUCGACGGCUGGCAGAUGACGCGCCUGACCAUCCUCGUCUGGCUGACCUACAUCAUGGACUACUGGGCCUUCACCGUCGCCGGCUUCUACCUGCCGCGCAUCCUCGCCCUCAAGAACGGCGCCAUCGAUGUCAGCCUCACCCAGACCUACGCUGCCUACAUCUACACCUACGUUCCCGGCAUCUUUGGCGUGCUGCUCGGCGCUCUGAUGUACCACAUUCCCAGUUUCGGCCGCAAGUGGACCCUCGUGCUCUCGGCGGCCCUCAUGAGCACGUCCAUCUUUCUGCUGUCCGUCGUCGACACGCGCGCCAAGAACGAGGGCCUCUUCACGAUGGAGUACUUUUUCCAGAGCAUGUUCAACGCCGUGCUCUACGGGUGGACGCCCGAGGCGUUCCCGGCGCCCGUGCGCGGCACGGCCUGCGGUUUGGCCGGCUUCUGGGGCCGCCUGUUCGGCAUCGUCAGUCCCCUGAUUGCCCAGCACCUGUACGGUCGUUCCGAGGGCGAGGGCGAUAUCAAUGCCGUCCUGUAUCUGGCCGGCGGUGUCAUGCUGGGUUGUGUGGUCACGACGGCGCUGUUGCCGACGAACAAGAUGGAGACGACGGAUGCCAGGAUUCAGGACUAG